CGCGCAUUGAAGUUGGCAAGGUCGUUUUUAGGAAGAAGUUAACAACAUUCUCCAAGAAGCGAAUUUGUCCUUAUCCAGCUGAUGAUCAUGGAACAGUUCUAUAUUGGAGAGUCAGGUCCUGGCCGUCAGUCAACUUCAAAAUCUACCUACACAGCCAAGAAACGGAAAACAACUUCCUUAACGAGACCUGACAUUGAGCAUGACCUUUCAGGUGAUGAUACAUUGUCAUUUGACCUGAAUGAAAGCCACGAACAGCAAAGUGAGGACUCUGGUGCCAACAUGUCUAUCAUCAGCGAGAGAGAGGAGUCCAGCCAGCUGAGCUUUACUCUCAACUCUAAGAUAGAGGAGAUUGGUAGGAGAGCUCAGAAUCUGGUAGAGAGGGUCAACCAGAGCAGGACCACAGACCAGGAGAUCAUGACCAGCUUUGAGAACAAGUUGAUGAGCAAGGUGAGUAAGGUGUGCCUGCAGGUGAAGGAGCAGAUGUUCCGGAGCUACGACGAGCACGGCCGUGUGAUGGAGGGCAGUCUGAAGGAGCUGUCCGAGGUGCUGGCGAGGAGCAGCCAGCUCAGCACUGAGCUGCAGGGAGCCAGCCACACCCUGACAGCCAUCAACAUGGGCCUUCAGCAGACACCCAGGGCCACACCCUGACAGCCAUCAACAUGGGCCUUCAGCAGACACCCAGGGCCACACCCUGACCUUCUGCAGACAGUCGGCCUCUGAUCUGUCCCACAUGCACCUGCUCUCACUGCCCUAUACUGUAG